AUGGUUCCUCCGGAUUAUGCCUUCACUAUACCAUCCUUGUUCGAUGCCAUUCCCAUUGAUUGCCGAGUCUACAUCCCCAAGCAUCCAUCGUACCGGAUUGCCUCAACGAUCAAGGGCGCCAUUUUCGCACAUCCAUAUGGUCCAUUGGGUGGCUCUUAUGAUGACUUCGUAGUACUCGCUGUCACUAAAUGUCUGCUCCAACAAGGUUUUAUCGUCGCAACAUUCAACUUCAGAGGCGCUGGCGCAUCUGCGGGCAAAACAAGUUGGACUGGACGGCCUGAAGCAGACGACUAUGCCUCUAUUGUUGGGUUUAUGUGCUUCUACUUGGACCACCUGAGCGAAUGCUUCAGUCAAUCAUCUGGCCAUUCUGCAGCUCAUCAACUUGUAUUGGGAGGAUAUUCGUUUGGGUCCUUGAUAGUUGCUAAAUUGCCAUCUGUCUCUGAGAUUGUCGAGCGUUUCGACUCGAAAGAGCGGAGCGAUUCUGCUUCGGUGAUUCUUGACAGAGCACUCACCCUCGGUACUCGCUCAGCAGAGCGCCUUACUGCCGAACACAGCAACCCUUCUCGAAUGAGAUCUACUGCUACAGAGACAUCGGCUCCGGUCAAGUUCAAUAAACAUAUCACCUUCGAAAUUGAGGUUCGCUACUUGUUAGUCUCGCCCGUCCUAGUGCCAUUCAGCACCAUUCUGCCGCCUGUCGGAGCUCCCUCGCUUUUGGCGCUAUUAGGCAUGCACGAUAGUGCCGCCAGCGAGGCCAAGGGUACAGGAUUUAUGUCACUUCUCACUUCAACAUUGGUUACCUUUGGAACUAGUGACAACUUUACAUCUGCCAAAAGGUUACGGCAAUGGACUGAGAGGUUGGCGCGACGAUCUGACGGCCGACUGCAAUGGUUUGCUCUUGACGAUGCAGGUCACUUUUGGCGAGAAGAAGGGGCUAUCACGACGUUGCAGUCCAGGAUCAUGAAAUGGGUUUCGGAGCCGACAUAUUAA